AUGAUUUGGCAGUUCUGGGCCUCCUGUUUUUUCCCCCUGUUCCUGGUGGGCUUCACUCAACAGAUUCUAAAGCCAGAAAAAAUGAAGGUGGAUUGCAACAAGGAUGUGGCAGGCACCAUUUAUGAGUAUGGAGCACUCACCCUGGAUGGCGAGUACAUCCACUUUAAGCAGUAUGCAGGCAAGCAUGUCCUUUUUGUCAACGUGGCCACCUACUGAGGCUUGGCAGUUCAGUACCCUGAAUUGAAUGCACUACAAGAGGACCUGAGAGAUUUGGGUAUCAUUAUUUUAGGCUUUCCCUGCAAUCAGUUUGGAAAAGAAGAACCAGGAAAGAACUCAGAAGAGAUCCUUUCUGGGCUCAAGUAUGUGCGUCCAGGUGGAGGCUUUGUCCCCAAUUUCCAGCUUUUUGAAAAAGGGGAUGUGAAUGGAGAGAAUGAACAGAAAGUCUUCACUUUCCUGAAGAACUCCUGCCCUCCGACCUCUGAUCUUCUGGGCUCAUCAAAACAACUCUUCUGGGAGCCCAUGAAGGUCCAUGACAUCCGCUGGAACUUUGAGAAGUUCUUGGUGGGAUCUAAUGGAGUUCCUGUCAUGCGCUGGUACCACCGGGCUCCAGUCAGCACAGUCAAGUCAGACAUUCAAGAGUACCUAAAGCAGGAUGCUUAGUAGGAAGGGCUAGUGCUGGCAGAAGUUCCACCUGCUGAUCACCUGAAGGACUUAUCUAACAAAUGAUUGUCUUUGCUCCACCCCCCUUCCUAUCUAGCUUCCAUGUCACCAAACCAUCCUGUAUAAUCCAAGCAGCUGCUUAUACUUGUGUGUAGCUGUGUAUAAAUCUGUGUGUGAAUAAUAUGUGGGAGUGCAUUGGUGUGUAUGUGCAUGAGUGUGUUUGAAGAUUAAGGGAAAGAAAACUUAACCUCUCCAACUCUGAUCCUGAAAUACAAUUUUUUUUCCCAAUCUAUUCCAAACAAAAAUUAUAUUUUAGGGUAGAUCGUUCAGACUGCCCAUGCGUAAGAAAGCAAUCCCCAGAAGCUGUGACAUCUAUCUUCCCCCAUCCUGAAGGUUUAAGAAAAGCAGGAACUGGCAGCAAGACUCUCUAGGUCCUCUUUUCUCCUUUAAGUUAGGCAUGUUUCGUUAAACUGUUCCUAUCCCUAAUUAGUUCUCUCUAUUCUUCUGCCACCCAGAAGUUUUCUUGUAGAACCUCUGAAGACAGAGUGAGAGCAGAGACCUCACUCACAGAAGGGAGGGGCAUCUUCAUGAUGGUGGGUCUCAAAACCUCUCUGGGUCAGACCCUACCAGAGCCUUCCUUGGUGCCUGUCCCUUAGUGCAUUCAGGUCAUGGCACCUGGGCAGGGAUGUCCCUUUAUUCUGAAUGAUAGACUUUCUUCUGACCCUGAGUCUCCCCAUUGUUAAACUCAUUCUUAUCAGUCUCGAAUUAAAAACCUG